UGAUCCACCAUCACCACACCGAAAUACCCGCCAGCAACACGCCGCUGAUAGACCUAUACCCUCGAUAACACUGCGCCGAGCAGUACACCCGCCGCCAUGUCGGUCGACUACCUCCUCCACGAGUCCUCUGUGGGCUACGCCAUUUUCUCCGUCAAGCUCCCAUCUGAUACCGUUGGUGCUCGCCUGAAGGAAGUACAAGAUGCGCAGACCGAUCUCGCUCGAUUCGGAAAGAUGGUGCAGCUGGUCUCCUUUGCACCUUUCCAGGGCGCCGGACAAGCAUUGGAGAACGCAAACGACGUCUCUGAGGGCAUCAUGAGCGACUACUUGCGCACUGUGCUGGAGGCCAACCUUCCCAAAGCGAGCAAGAAGAACAAGAUCACUAUUGGUGUCGGCGACAAGGGUCUUGCAGGAAGCGUCAAGGCUGGAUUCACUGGCAUUGAGUGCGAGACUCCGGAAACCAGCGAGCUGGCCGCCGACCUUCUCAGAGGACUGCGUCUGCACGCCGAGAAGCUGCUCAAGAACUUGCAGACGGGCGAUAUCUCUCGCGCUCAGCUUGGUCUUGGUCACGCCUACUCCCGCGCUAAGGUCAAGUUCAGCGUGCAGAAGAACGACAACCACAUCAUCCAGGCUAUCGCAACGAUUGAUCACCUCGACAAGGCUGUCAACACUUUCUCCAUGCGUGUUCGCGAAUGGUACGGCUGGCAUUUCCCGGAGCUCAUCAGGAUUGUGAGCGAGAACCAGAAAUACGCACAAUGCGCACUUUACAUCGGUGAUAAAAAGACUUUGACGGAGGACAGCCUACACGAUUUGGCCAAAAUCGUGGAUGACGAUGAGAGCACCGCAAAGGCCAUCAUCGAGGCCGCACGAGUGUCUAUGGGUCAGGACCUUGGUGAGAGCGACAUGGAGAAUGUCAUGAUGUUUGCGAAGCGCACUGCCAGUUUGGCCGCAUACCGCAAGUCGCUGGGCGCCUACCUGGUCGCAAAGAUGGGCAUUGUCGCACCCAAUUUGGCCGCGCUCAUCGGCGAGACCGUUGGCGCUCGUCUUAUCUCCCACGCUGGCUCGCUCACCAACCUGGCCAAAUACCCUGCCUCGACUGUCCAAAUUCUCGGAGCUGAGAAGGCGCUCUUCCGCGCGCUGAAGACCAAGGGCAACACUCCCAAGUACGGUCUGAUUUACCACUCUUCGUUCAUCGGCAAGGCUGGCCUCAAGAACAAGGGCCGCAUUUCUCGUUUCCUCGCCAACAAGACCUCGAUCGCAUCAAGAAUCGACAACUUCAGCCAGGCACCGACGAGGAAAUUUGGCGAGGCCCUUCGCGCUCAGGUUGACGAGAGACUACGAUUCUACGCCGAGGGUGUGAACCCAACGAAGAACGCCGACGCAAUGAAAGCCGCAAUGGACGCCGUACUUGGCGAUAUCAAUGUUGAAGAUCCUACCGCCGAGGUCGAAGGUGCUCCAGGUGUCACCGCACAAGCAGCUGAGCAAAAGGCACGCAAGGAGAAGAAGAGCAAGAAGUCGAAGACUGAGGACGCCGAGAUGGAGGACGUGGACACCGCCAAGGAGAACAAGAAGAAGCGCAAGUCUACCGCCGACGAGAUGGAAGUUGACGAGGAGAAGAUUGAGAAGAAGCUCAAGAAGGAGAAGAAGGAGAAGCGCAAGUCAGCAGGAGAUCUCGCGAAUGGCACCGUACCUGAUGAGCAGAUCAAGAAGAAGAAGAAGAAGAGCAAGGCGGAAUAG